GCAUGUUUGGCCGGCCACAUUUCGCUCACGCAGUUGAAGUAGCAACCAGGGCAACCAGCCAACCAGUAGGUUCUGUGCACUCCUCAGCCCCAAGUCUGCCAUGGCUCGGCUUCGGCUCUACCACCUGACCCUCCUCUCCGUCUUCUUCUUCCUGACCCUCACCGGCCUCGAGGCUGCCGGUCCGUCCGGAGGGAAGAAGGUGACCAUGACCGUCCAGUUCCCGCCUGCCGACUCGCCGCCGGGGGAGAAUAUCACGAUCUCGACGCACUACGUCGGCGAUGACGGGGUGGGCGACAGCCACAUCCAUCUCGACUGCGACGACCACGAGCCUCAGCUCGGUUCCGCCGUAAAACACCUUGUCACGAGCCUGGAGAAGAUACGAGAUGAGGAGGCGCCACUAUCCGAGGCCUACGAUAUGCCCAGUGAGUGGAUGCAGGUUCUCUUUCAUUUGGUCUCUGGGAAAAUCAGGCGCGAUUUACUUUAUUACCGUAGUAUUGUCUCUGCAAGGAGCUCCUUCGCUCGUGCGAACAAUCACUCGGCAGCUCUAUCCUCCUCGCACUACUAAACACACGGUGAAGAAAUCUUCCGCGUUCAGUCUGUGCCACUCUGUGGAGUGCCCACUCGUGGGUUCUCCCUGUAGUAAUGUGGUAGUGUGCACACUGUGCAGGAUGCUGGAGUACAUCUACCUUCAGUUAUCUCUGUAUACCUUAGAUUCUGUCGCUUAACAUAUCUUCCGUGUUGGAGAAAGAAAAUAUCUUCUUGUUCUUCUAUUUAUGUAUUUCUCCUCAAUUUCUGUGAAAUAUUGCGUUGUACAAACAGACUAAUAGAGUG